AUGGCAGAACGAGACAAAAAUCACUAUCCCAUGUUUGGUACGACAGACACGACAAUAAAUCAUUGUCCCACGUUUGGUGUGACAAGGGACAAAGACAAGAGCCAGGACGUCUGGUCAUCACAGUUGACCAUUGAUUACAACCGUCCAUCGCCACCGCCACCACCACCACCACCAUCGUUGGUCACCUCCGCCUCAUUCUCUACUACAACAACCUAUUCCACCAUCUCCACAGCCACCGUUAGUCACCAACCACCACCGCCGCCCAUCACCACCAUUAGUGCCUUCGGCCAUUACCACCUCCACCAUCAUCGGCUGCCACUAUCGUUGCCCACCACCACCACUACCUCCGUCACAUCAGUUACAACUACCUCCUCCUCCAUAACUAUCGACCACUACCGCUACCAUCUACCAUCUUCACGUCCUCCACAACCACUGUCUGCCACCGACAACCACCACCACCACCAUCCGCUACCACCACGACUGCCCACUACUACCACUACCUCCACCAUUGUCAAUAGCUACCACCACCACUAUCUACAAUCUUCAUGUACUCUACAGCCACCAUCGUCCACUUAUCACCAAUGCCUCUACUUCUACAACCGUUGUUGUUGCAACAAUAUUCACCGUGUCUUCGUCAAUUGA